AUGGACAGAAAUGCCGCUGAUUCUUUGCGAUCGCGACAAAUUGGUAAGAAUAAAAUGUUUUAUUGUGUUUCUUGAAGUUUAGAGCAUCUUUUAGCAUGGCUUUCUACGCUCAGUUUUCUCAGUUUAGUUGUCUUUAUGUCUGCCGUGGAGAAUAUAAUUUAUUGACUCAGGCUUCUAAUCCUGUCUCAUUUCAGCGGCCGUAAAGCAGAUACUAAACUUGAAUGCACCACUGAGUCAUUCCUUGGCAGUUGAGCCGGUAUGGAAGGUGUUGAUUUUGGAUAAAUAUGGAAGUGAUAUCAUCUCUCCUUUGAUCCCUGUCAAGAACUUGCGAGAACUGGGGGUUACUUUGCACUUGUAAGUUGUUUUUGGUAUUUUUUUGUUCUGUGUUUAGGUGUGAAGGUAUCUGAGAGUGUUUAAGAACGUUUAUUGCACCAUUUUCAUCGAGAAAAUAAUAUUUUUUGGGGUAUUGAUGAUGUAGAUGAAGUUAGAGUAGUUUCGACCUAAAAUCAAGGCAGUUUCGUUUUGAGAGUACGCUAUACUUAUAGAGAAAGAACUUUUUGAGAUUCAUGAUCGGAAAGAGUUAAGAUAUCAACAGGAUUUUAACAUAAAAAAUUUGUCUUGGUAGAACAGCUAUGGUGAAGGUGAAAAAUUCGAGUUUUUGAUCAAAAAUUGCUUGAAUUAAUAAUGGAGAUGGUGCUGGAAUUUUAGUAAAUACACUUGUUUAGCUUUUUGUUCUAAAAUGAGGAGGAUUCACAUCGUUUUUUCAUUCAAAAAAUGAAAAACUUUAUUUUAGGCAGGUCUCAAUGUUGCAGAUUAAAUUUUUGAUUGUUGGAGGUGAAAUUGAACAAACAAGUAGUCCAAAAAUUAAUGUUUACACCCUAGACGAUCUUUUUUAAACAGUUUCUGAGAAAUUUAAUUCGAAAUUUUUGUAUUUCUCAUCUCCUCUCAUGAAUAAUAUAAUUUUUAUAAAAAAUUUAAUUUUUUCUUUUUUAGAACGAUCAAUUCCCGUCGCGACAGUCUUCCCGACGUCCCUGCAGUGUAUUUUGUUUCGCCUACGGACGAAAAUAUCGCGAUCAUCUCCGAUGAUUUGCAAAAAGCCAUGUACGACAGCUUUUAUUUGAACAUGAUCUGGCCCAUUCAAAGGCCACAGCUGGAAGAUCUGGCGACGGCUGCUGUUGCCGGACAAGUCACUCCUAUGGUGCAAAAAGUAACGGGCUUUUGAUGAGUAAUUUGGCUAUAUUAUACUAGAUAGAUGUGAAGUGUAAUAUAGUUGAUAUCUAAAACAAUUUAAUGAUUAUAAUAAAAAGCUUUAUUUCAGCUGGUAGAUCAAUAUCUGAACUAUAUUAGUCUGGAAGAUGGUCUGUUUUCACUCCGGCGAUACACCAAAGACAGCCCUUUUUCAUUCUACGGUAAGUUUUUAGAUUUUUUAUUUUUUUCUUUCAUUUUUAGGUAUGAAAAUGGAUUCAAAUGAAGAUCAAAGGCUUUAUUUGGGCUGUGAAGUCUUUGCGGAUGAAAAUUCUCGCCGAAAUUUUUAGUGCCUUAGGCGAAUUUGUCGGAUUUUUUAUAGAUUUCAGAAAUUUUUGGAUGUUUUUGGCCAAAAGUCGUAUUUUAGAAGGAAAAGAGGCUUAAAAUUGCUCGGAAAUUUUUUUUUAGGGCUUUUCACACUUAUUAUGCCCAUUUCAAAUAUUUUUUUUUUCAAAAAUUCCCGUUUUUUCAAAAAUUAAAAUUUCGUAUUUUAGCCAUAAAUAACACUUCAAUUUCCCCGGAAGAAAUGGAUUUUCUGCUCGAUCAAGUGGCCUCAAGCCUGUUCUCGGUGUGCGUCUCACUUGGAGUGGUCCCAAUCAUCAAAUGCCCUAAGGGCAACGCCGCCGAAGAAGUGGCAAAGGUAAGGAAAAUAAGGUCAAAAAUGAGCCCUAAUUGAUCGCUCAUUUAGAGAUUGGACCAGAAAAUUAGAGACAACCUCAGAGACGCCAGAAAUAACUUAUUCACAAAUGAUAAUGUCCGCGCUGGCCAGUUCUCCCUUCAUCGGCCGGUUUUGGUGAUCGCUGAUCGAUCGCUGGACCUCCCAACGAUGCUACAUCACACUUGGACUUAUCAAGCAAUGAUUCAUGAUGUUCUGGUAAGGGUUUGGAGAGGGUUUGUUGAGGGUUUUUGGAAAUUUUUUGGGGAAAUUAUAUUACACUUGACUAAAUUUUUUUUUGUCGGUUUUUUGAUUUUUUCGGGGGUUUUUGGGAUUGAAUAUUGUGUAAAAUGCAUGAAUAUGAUGUGUUUGACAUAUUUAAAAGGUUUUUUAGUUGUUUUAGACAUUAAAAAUUUGAAAUUUUUAAAAUUUUUUUUGGGAUUUUUUGGUAAAUUUUAGUUAUUUUUGAGAAGUUUUUGCCUCAAGAAGUUUGGAAGUGUAGUUUACAGAAUUUCUUGAUCGUUUUUUACAUGAUUUUUUGACCUUAGAAUAUUAAUUUAGGCUAAUUUUUCAAAUUAUUAAAAAAAAUUUUAAAUUAGUAUAAUUUGCAAACCCAACGUAAAAUUUCCAGGACUAUGACCUAAACCGAAUCAAAAUGACGGAUUCUCAGCAGCGAAAGAAGGAAUACGACGUAUCAUCGACGGACAAAUUGUGGUUCAACUUCAAAGGAUCACCCUUUCCAGAAGUCGCCGAAGCAAUUCAGUCCGAUUUGGAUGCGUAUAGAAAGAAUGAGGAGGAAAUUAAGAAACUCAAGACGUCUAUGGUGAGAUUUUAUGGGGUUUGGGGAGUUUAAGGGCGAUUUUUUGAUUGAAAAAUUAAAAUUUUUGGGAAAAAUUAAGAUUUUUUGAAUUUUUUGGAUUUUUGAGGAAGAAAUGAGUGGUUUUAGGGAGGAAAAGAGGGGUAAGAUUAGUUUACAAUGUUAUUUCUGAGGGAAUUAAUUUUAGUUUUAGUUUUAAAAUUGAUUUUUUUGAACGAAAAUUGAGGUUUUUGUUGAAAUUUUGAGGAUUUUUGGGGUAUUUUGUCGAUUUUUGGUGAAAAAAUAUGUUUUUUUGAAGGAAUUUUUUUCUUUUCUUUUUAUCCAGAAUGAUUUUAUAAACUGUAUUUUACACCCCCAAUAUUUCAGGGCAUCCAAAACGCGGAGGACGAAGCAGCGGUCAUGCUUUUGGACGACGCCACCUCCAAACUUCAAACCGCCAUGGGAUCCCUACCCGAACUUUUGGAACAAAAACGACUCAUUGAUCAGCACACAAACGUCGCCACAAGUUUAUUGGAGAAUAUCAAACAGCGACAACUGGAUGUGCUGUUCGAAACGGAGGAGAAAUUGCUGAAUGGCCAAUAUCAAGGUAAAAUAAGGUCAUUUUUUGCGAUUUUUGAAGGGUUUUUUGGAUUUUUGGGUGUUUAGAGGGAGGUAUUGGAAUUUUGAGAGCUUUGUUUGUAGCUAGAGAGAUUUUUUUCUUCACUUUUGGCGGAAAAUGGAUUUUUUUUCAAAAAUUUUUGAGAUUUUUUUUUGAUUUUUUUUGGGUUAGAUUUGUUGUAAAUUAAAAUUAUUGAGUUUUGAUUGUGUUUUUAGUAGAAUUUUUACCGAUUUUUUCUUCAUUUUUUGGCGGAAAAAAUUAUUUUUUUUUAAAUUUUUGAAAACUUUUUUUUUCGAUUUUUAUAAUUGUCUUGGGUUUAGAUUUGUUGAAAAUUAAAAUUUUUGUGGUUUUAUUGUAUUUUAAAAAAAAUUUUUACCGAUUUUUUAUCGGAAAUUUGAUUUUUUCCCCGCAUUAUUGACCUUAUUUUAGAAGUGAAUAUCUCCGAAGUUUUCAAGGCCCUCCCAAACACGGUAGAUGCGCUCAGAUUACUCCUCAUCGCCUAUUUGUGUAAUCCCAAUGUCACUGAGGUAAAUUUAGAACUUUAAAAAUUUUUUUUUUUUGAUUUUUUUUGUAAAAAUUUUUAUUUUUUGAUGGAUUUUUAAUUAUUUUAGAAUGAAAAACGCGAAUUCAAAGAGCUCCUACAACAACGGGAAAUUGACCAGUCGGCCCUGAAAUUUGUGGAAUGCAUAAAAAGAGCGACUUCUCUUCAGUUAGGCACCAGUGACCUACAUUCAGGCGGCGGAACGAAGACCCUAAACAUGUUUGGGAAACUUCUCAGCCACUCGUCGAGGUUUGUAAUGGAAGGAGUUAAAAAUUUGGUACCCAAAAAACACAAUUUGCCGGUGACGAAGGUGAGAGUUUGGGAUUUUUUAAAUUUUUGCACGGUGCGGACGGGUUUUUCAACGGAAAAAUGACUCUGCACUGUGCGAAGGAAGAUUUUGGAAUUUGCACUGUGCGGAAGGAUUGAUUUUGAGAUUUGCACAGUGCGAAGGAUUGAUUUUGAGAUUUGCACUGUGCGGAAGGAUGGAUUUUGGAUUUGCACAGUGCAAAGAAAAGACUUGUCGCUGAAUUUGCACUGUGCGAAGAAAAGAUUUGUCGCGGAAGUUGCACUGUGCGAAGAAAAGAUUUGUCGCUGAAAUUGCACUGUGCGAAGAAAAGACUUGUCGCUGAAUUUGCACAGUGCGAAGAAAAGAAUUGUCGCGGAAAUUGCACUGUGCGAAGAAAAGAUUUGUCGCGGAAAUUGCACCGUGCGAAGAAGAGAAUUGUCGCGGAAAUUGCACUGUGCGAAGAAAAGAUUUGUCGCGGAAAUUGCACUGUGCGAAGAAAAGAUUUGUCGCGGAAAUUGCACCGUGCGAAGAAAAGAAUUGUCGCGGAAAUUGCACUGUGCGAAGAAAAGAUUUGUCGCGGAAAUUGCACUGUGCGAAGAAAAGAUUUGUCGCGGAAAUUGCACUGCGCGAAGAAAAGAUUUAUCGCUGAAAUUGCCCUGUGCGAAGAAAAGAGUUGUCGCUGAAAUUGCACUGCGCGAAGAAAAGAUUUGUCGCUGAAUUUGCACAGUGCAAAGAAAAGACUUGUCGCUGAAAUUGCACUGUGCGAAGAAAAGACUUGUCGCUGAAUUUGCACAGUGCGAAGAAAAGAAUUGUCGCGGAAAUUGCACUGUGCGAAGAAAAGAUUUGUCGCGGAAAUUGCACCGUGCGAAGAAAAUAUUUGUCGUUGAAAUUGCACGGUGCGAAAAAAACAAUGAUCGCUGAAUUUGCACAGUGCGAAGAAAAAACUUGUCGCUGAAAUUGCACGGUGCGAAGAAAACAGUUGUCGCAGAAAUUGCACAGUGCGAAGAAAACAGUUGUCGCAGAAAUUGCACAGUGCGAAGAAAACAGUUGUCGCAGAAAUUGCACAGUGCGAAGAAAAGAUUUGUCGCGGAAAUUGCGCAGUGCGCAGAAAAGAUUUAUCGCUGAAAUUGCCCUGUGCGAAGAAAAGAGUUGUCGCUGAAAUUGCACUGCGCGAAGAAAAGAUUUGUCGCUGAAUUUGCACAGUGCAAAGAAAAGACUUGUCGCUGAAAUUGCACAGUGCGAAGAAAAGGUUUAUCGCUGAAUUUGCACUGUGCGAAGAAAAGAUUUGUCGCGGAAAUUGCACUGUGGGAAAAAAGAUCUGUCGCUGAAAUUGCACUGUGCGAAGAAAAGAUUUGUCGCUGAAAUUGCACUGUGCGAAGAAAACAGUUGUCGCUGAAAUUGCACAGUGCGAAAAAAAAGUUGUCGCGGAAAUUGCAAAGUGCGGUUGUUUGGGUGAAAUUUUGAUUUUUCGGCCGCACGGUGCGAAUUUAUGUUUUUUGAUUGCACGGUGCGAAAUGCUAGACUUUGAUUGCACUGUGCGAUUUUUUGGCGAAAAUUGGGGUUUUGGAUGCACAGUGCGAAUUUUUGAAUAAAUUAAAUUGGAAUUUGAAGAAGCAGGGAGGUAAAAAUAUUAUUUUUAGUUGGUCGCUCAAUUGGUGGAUACCAGGCCGGGCGUUGGAGGACUUUCCGGCUCAAAUCCAGUUGAUCCCAAUGAAUUUCUAUACUUUGAUCCAAAAUUAUUGCAUGCCUCGAGUAAAGAGUAAGUAAAAAAAAAAUUUUAAAUAUUUUUUCAUUAUUUUUUUAAUUUUUUUUGAUUAAAAAAUUUUUUUUAUUUUUUUAAUAAAAAAUUUUUCGUAUUUUUUUAUUUAAUUUUUUGAAUUUUUUCAGUAUUUUUUUUAAUUUAAUUUUUUUUUAUUUUUUGAAUUUUUUAUUAAUUUUUUUUUGGUUUUUUAUUUAAUUUUUUUUUUUAUUUUUUGAAUUUUUUCAGUAUUUUUUUUUCAUUUAAAUUUUUUUUAUUUUUUGAAUUUUUUUAUUAAAUUUUUUCUUUUCGUUUUUUAUUUAUUUUUUUUUUAUUUUUUGAAUUUUUUCAGUAUUUUUUUUAAUUUAAUUUUUUUUUUGAAUUUUUUUAUUAAUUUUUUUUGGUGUUUUUUAUUUAUUUUUUUAUCUUUUUAUUUAAAAUUUUUUUAUUUUUUUAUUAAAAAUUUAUAUUUUUAUUUUUUAACCCUAUUUUUUCAGCCUAGUCCAUGCUCGCCAAGGCCAGCUGGCCCAAGACGUGAUUGUCUUUGUGGUGGGCGGAGGGAACUACGUCGAAUAUCAGAACAUUUUGGAGUACGCGAAACAGACAGGAAUCCAGCGCAUGACCUACGGAUCCACGGAAUUGGUCAACCCCACUCAAUUCGUCGAACAACUCGCUCGACUCGGCCAAAAACUGUGA